GAUCCCUUCUGUGGAAUUGCCUUCCACUUUGAAAUCAUCAUUUUUACUAUCUACCAUUCAUAGUAAUGUCGAGUUUAGCUUCAACAUCGUUGAGGCAGGCAUCGCGCCUUUGCUUAAAGCAGUCGACCCCGCCUGUUGGGCUGGUGAGGGGUUCUGCGUUUGCUCGGGUGGCGUCCAUAUCAAAUCAAAAAGUAUCAAGGAGGGGUUAUGUUUCCGAGACGAAAAGAGACAGCGCUCAAGUUAAUAUUGAUACUGCCAUUCGGUCAGAACAGAAGGCUUUCUUCAAAGAGACUGGCAAGCAUGCUGAGGAUCAAUCUAUUUCAGGAACAUCUGCAAAUGCUGAUGCGAUGAUGAGUCCCAUUGCUGGUAAUUACCUCUCGCGUAUAUAUUUUGGCACGUAAGGAAGCUUAGCUAAUCAUUGUUUAGGUGUGCUUAAGCAAGCUACUGUCAUGGACGAAGGCCAGAGACCAAUUUAUUUAGAUAUGCAAGCUACUACUCCAUUGGACCCACGAGUAUUGGAUAAAAUGUUACCCUUCUAUACCGGUCUAUACGGCAACCCACAUUCGAGAACCCAUCCUUAUGGUUGGGAAGCUGACAGGGCGGUUGAGGAAGCAAGAGAACAUAUUGCUGCGGUGAUCGGAGCUGACCCUAAAGAGAUUAUUUUCACCAGUGGAGCUACUGAGAGUAACAAUAUGAGUGUCAAAGGUGUGGCGAGGUUCUUUGGUAGAGCGGGGAAGAAGAAGCACAUUAUUACAACACAAACAGAGCACAAAUGUGUACUGGAUAGUUGUAGGCAUUUGCAAGAUGACGGUUUCGAUAUUACAUAUCUGCCAGUGCAGCAAAAUGGCUUGGUUGAUAUGGCUCAACUCGAAGCUGCCAUUCGUCCCGAGACAGCCCUUGUCAGUAUAAUGGCAGUUAACAACGAGAUCGGUGUCAUUCAACCAUUAGAAGAAAUAGGCAAGCUUUGCCGCUCGAAGAAGGUUUUCUUCCAUACCGAUGGUGCGCAAGCUGUUGGAAAGAUUCCCUUGGACGUCAAUGCGAUGAACAUUGAUUUGAUGUCGAUUUCGUCUCAUAAGAUCUAUGGACCAAAGGGUAUCGGUGCAUGCUAUGUGCGCAGACGACCCAGGGUUAGGCUUGAGCCAAUUAUCAGUGGAGGUGGACAGGAGAGAGGUCUGAGAAGUGGUACUCUCGCGCCUGCAAUAGUGGUCGGCUUCGGUGAAGCUUGCCGGAUUGCAAAGGAGGAAAUGGAUGUAAGUUCUAACAUUUCUUCGUUAUUUUUUAUUACAUGAUGACAUACUUUACAUAUGCAUGGCUUUCCUAGUGACCUCCUUGCUUGCAGGUUGAGGCUUCUUUGACGACUCUCAGUACCUUGUCUGAAUUUGCUGCUCAAUUACUUGAAUUUGUUUGAAUCUUGAAGUUGGGUUUUAUGCUGACACUACAAUAGUAUGACCAUGCUCGUGUUAAGAAGUUGUCCGACAGACUACUCAAAGGUCUUCUCGCCAUGGAGCAUACCACUCAAAAUGGCGACCCAGAUCAUUUCUAUCCGGGAUGUGUAAACGUCUCUUUUGCCUACGUUGAAGGAGAAUCGCUCCUGAUGGCAUUAAAGGACAUUGCACUAUCAUCCGGAAGUGCUUGUACCUCUGCUUCACUCGAACCCAGUUAUGUUCUUCGGGCACUUGGUAGCAGUGAUGAGAGUGCGCACAGCAGUAUUAGAUUUGGUAUUGGGCGUUUCACAACUGAGGCUGAGAUUGAUUACGUCUUGCAAGCUGUCGAAAACAGAGUCACAUUCUUACGAGAGUUGAGUCCUCUUUGGGAGCUCGUACAGGAAGGUAUUGCAUUGGACAGUAUUGAGUGGAGCCAGCAUUAGAUUGCUGCUAGGAAUUAAAUGAAAUAUGGCGGGGCGUUGGCGUUUGUGAUAUCCCUUGAGCGGGUUGGAGGCUUCCUGGGGGUGUACAAUAGUGAUGAUUGGGCGAACAUAGUACCCUAUGUAUAGUGAGUAAAUGAUAAUGAGUGCAACAACGGCAUAUCAAAUUAAAGCACAUCUCACUCUUUUAGAUACAUUCAAUAUUUUCCUAUCAAUUUGAAAUCCUAUUCAGGGCUUUGCAUU